UGAAUCGAGUUCCGUUAUCGGGAGCCAGCUCGUCCGUGGUCUUUCCGGUGUUUUGUGCUUUCGACGUGUUUGUUCUCUACUUUGGAGUUAAAGCCGUAUCGGCGACUUGCACGUUCGUAAAAGCUCAUCCACCCUCGAAUUAUACACGAAAAUAUGGCGACAAAAGCAGAGCUCGCGUGCGUAUAUUCCGCCCUGAUCCUCGUCGACGACGACGUAGCGGUUACGGGAGAGAAAAUACAGACGAUUCUUAAAGCGGCAAAUGUGGACGUCGAACCCUACUGGCCUGGGUUGUUUGCUAAAGCCCUGGAGAAUGUUAAUGUGAAAGAUCUUAUUACAAACAUAAGUUCCGGAGUUGGGGCUGCACCAGUUGCUGGUGCACCAGCUGCUGCUGCGCCGGCGUCUGCUGAAGCUGCACCUGCCAAGGAAGAGAAGAAGAAAGAGGAACCCGAAGAAGAAUCAGACGACGACAUGGGUUUUGGUCUGUUCGAUUAAAACUAAGGAUCGCUGUGUGCGGAGGAAGAUCUUCAAUGGGUCUAUACUCUAUUGUACAGUUAUAUUGUACAUUGAAAAAGUAAUAAAAAAAGAAAUAACCAAA